AGCGGUCUGACGGGCGCCAUGGAGAGAAAAUAUGAGCUGUGUGGGCCUUUUCUGCCGAGGAGGCACCCCUCCUUGAAAACAAGUGCGGAAAUAGUAAGCGAAGCAAGACGCAUCCUACGAGCCCAGUCCACCCAGAGACCUUGCACUCCUAGGGAUGGACAAAGGCAACUUUUUGCAAGCCCUGUCCGUGCAGACCACAACAGCAGACCUUCAUCUACCUUCAGUCUUCACGCACAAAGUUUUGAUGUCUCAGAAUCCCGGCCAACAUCAGGGUCUCACCUAUCUCCCUUAGAACAUAAGUCCAGGACUGCAGUUCCCGGUAAGGAUGAGGUUUCGAAGUCCUUUCCCAAACCUCCCAUUGAAUCAGUGGACACCAACCGGGGGCUGACGGGGACACGGGCGCGUCUUCUCAGGGCAACCUCUCUCACCACUUUACCUCCUCUUGCUGGACAUGCAGAAGCACAAGAACGUUUAAAACCAGGUGUGUCGAAAAAGCUACCGCCACCGCAAUCUUUGUUUUCUGGAGACCACAACAAAGUCUACAAUGUUCCCCAUAAACCUGGUCCACGCAGAACUCAAAGUGAAAGCAGACUAAUACAGCCCAAUGAUGAUCCAGGAGUCACAACCUCAAAGGGUGGACCACAAUUUAGAACAGAUUUGUGCGAUGGAAAGAAGAACACAAGCACAGAUGUAGAAUCAAAGUGGGAUAGGAUAGCGCCUCUUCUCCAUCAGAUAAAAGCUGCAGCUGCAUGUGGCUGCUCUGAGACCUCCCUGGAGCAUCUGUGCAACUUGUGCAUCAGUCUCCAUGACUCCUUGGCAGAGGCUGGCAUGCUGGGCCAUCAUGGCUGCAAGAAGCGCUCCACUGUGCUGCGGACGCUGUUUGGGCUCAUUGACCUCAACUCUUCGCCGCUCGAUCUUCACGUCGCCGAGCUCUGCCUCGCCUUGUGCGUCAGUGGGAACAAUCUGCUCAACAUCUGUAAGCUGGUCUUCCAAAUUAGUCGCAAUGAAGACAAUGACGUUCUCUUCCAGGACAGCUCAGUCAUAGACCUGCUGCUCGGGCUGCUGCUUCGCGAGGAGGUGUCUGCAUCUGGAGAGGCGUUGUUUUACUGUGUCGGCACGCUUAAGUUUCUCUCAGGAAACGCUGCGAUUGUACGCCAACUGUUGGACAAAAACUGUAUGAGAGUGGCACAGAAGUUCAUAAAAAAACUCUGCAGAGUUGAUGACGCUUACUUCAAAAUGGCCAGACACAUCUUUGUACAGCUGACUGCCACUAUGAGGAACCUUGCUGAUCAUCCUGAGGCCCGCUCGCUCUUCGUCUCCUACUCGCUGAUGUCACAGCUUUGCUUGGUGCUGCAGCGCCAUAGCCAGGACCAAGAUGUCUGCACCAAUGUUUCUAGAAUCUUCAGUAAACUCUCCUCUUAUGCGGAGGGUCGCCUCUCACUGGCUGAGACCCCCGACUGUUACCAACUAUUUUUAGAACUCUUGAGCAAACAUCACCAAAAACAGGACCUGGUCGUGCGACUGCUUUUCACACUGGGCAAUCUCACGUCCAAGAGUGACGAGGCUCGGCAGCAGCUCUUCCGCUGCGAGGCGUGUGCGGACACCCUCCUGCGGCUGUACGACGACUACCAGCUGAGGGAGGACUCGCCGCAACCCACGGCGGCCAGCGCACGGGAUGGCGAGGAUGUGCUGGUGAAGCUUGUCAGGGUGCUGGCGAACAUGUGCAUCCAUCCUGAUGUGGGCGCUGCGCUGGCCAGCAACACAACCUGCAUCCAGCUGCUGAUGGAGACACUAGGAGAGCGAAGAGCUAAUUGUGAACGUGGCCGCAACCAUCAACAACCUGACCUGUUACCACAAAGACAGCUCGGUGCUCAAACGCAGUCAGCUGGCCAUUGCAGAGUUGAUGCUGAAGUUGAUGCUCAGCUCCAAUAUGGACGCCAUGCUGGAGGCCACCCGCGUCUAUGGGAACUUGUCACAGUCCAAAGAUGUGCGGGACUUUAUAAUACAAAAUAAAGGUUUGUUGUGACACUUCUGGACUCUAAGAGCCCUGACGUCUGCUUCUCGGCUUGUGGGGUCCUCACCAACCUGGCGCUGGAUCCUCCGAACCGAGCCAGUCUCUUGCUGGAGGGGGCUGCAGCAAAGCUGACCGACUGCCUGCGAGACUUCGGGGCAGGUGACUGGCAGCUGGCGGGCCAGGUGUGUCAGGCCUUGUGGAACUUAACAGGCGGCGGCUCAGAGAAGCUGUUGCACGCACAGGAGGGACAAUCGCUGCUGGAGAUCCUCAAGUCCUACUUAGAUGAAGACAAGGCCUUGAAGUGGACGGAAAACAAGGACGUGAGCGAUUACCACAGAUCGUCCUGGGAGUUGGAGUUCCGACCCGCAGCCCAAAAACUACUGACAGAGAUUGUGACAUAAAAAAGAUGGGCAAUGUACCCUCAGGUAAACAUGAUAUGUUGUUAUCCAACUACCAGCUUGUACCGUACUACGCCGUACGUGAAUGUUUUGAUGUGUUGUGCUGUUAUCUUAAGUCCUAUAGCCUCAUGUGAGUCCUCUAUAAAGCACUUUAAAGUCCAUUCCUUCGUUGCCUGGCAAACACGACAGCAUCCCUAGACUUGGACAUGUUCAUUCAGAUGGCAACACUGAAAUAAAUCAAGACUAUUAUUUAGUACCAUGAUGGAUCAGAGGGAAAGAAAUAUGGAAUCACCCUGUACAUUUGAUUUUCCAAAGCUCUUUUCAUUAGUCUGCAGUUAGUGUUCACACCUUGGAGAGCUGUUGCACCCAGUGGAUUGACAUGAAUCAUGGCUUCAACACAAGAGAUGUCAAUAGACAUUAUCGAACUUCUUCAAGGAGGUAAAUCAUCUCGCAAUGUUGCAAAAUGUGUUGAUUGUUCACAGUCAGCUGGGUCUAAAAACUGGGAAGGUUGUAAAAAGGCAAGAAUACUGGUAGACCGAGGGAAGUAUCAAAGCAUCCACACAGAAAACUUAGAGCAAUACGUCUUGGAAACGUAAAAUUCAGCGCAGAACAAAUGGGAGGAAACGGUCAGUAAGAAACCGCCUAAAGGAAAUGGGAUUUGAACACAGAAAAGCUCAACGAAAGCCGUCAUCUAAACAGAACAAAACCAAGGUAACAAUGGGCUAAGGAAAAGCAAUGGUGGACUAUGGAUGACUGGAUGAAAGUGAUGCUCAGUAGUGAAUUGUGAAUCUGCAUCGGGCAAAGUGAUGAUGCUGCAACUUUUGUUUGGUGCCGAUUCAAUGAGAUUUAUGAAGACGACUGCCUGAAGAAAAGAUGCAAACGUCCACAGUCCUUGAUGAUAUGGGUCUGCUGUCAUUACAUCUUGAAUAAACGCACAUGGCGGUCACAGGUGCGCUUGGCAGCCCAGUGUGAAGACUUACACUUAGACUUAGACUUCCUUUUUAUUGUCUUUCAAAUUUGAACUUUACAGCACAGAUAAGAACAACAUUUUGUUACAUAAGCUCAUGGUAGUGCAGGAUAAAAAAAGCAAUAAGGUGCAUAUAUAAAUAAAUAAAUAUAUAUAAAUAAUAUAUAAAUAUAUAUAUAUAUAAAUAAAUAAAUAGAUUACUGUACAGAUAAAUAUAUUGCACUUUCUCACAUGCGUCCGCGUUUAUGAAUGUAUGUUAUAUUGUCUUUUUUAUUCCAGCGAGUUAAUCCAUUUUUGGGGGGAGUUGAGGGGAUAAUUUAAUUAUGAUGCGUUCAAGAGUCUUACGGCCUGAGGGAAGAAGCUGUUACAGAACCUGGAGGUUCUGCUUCGGAGGCUGCGGAACCUCUUUCUAGAGUCCAGCAGUGAAAACAGUCCUUGGUGGGGGUGGGAGGAGUCUCUGCAGAUUUUCUGAGCCCUGGUCAGGCAGCGGCUUUUUGCGAUCUCCUGGAUAGGAGGAAGAGGAGUCCUGAUGAUCUUUUCCGAAGCUGCUGGGAUGAGGAUCAGCACCUCCAAAUCUGGCGCCGUGGUUCUCCGUGGGAAACGGGUGGACUGCUCCUGAGUCUAUUUCGCAAUGAGGGAAGAAUGGAACUCAGGAUUGGUGCAGCGUCAGCAGUGAUGUAGUCACUGUACUUCUCUGUUGUAGUGAAGGAGCUGAGCCAGAAGGCGAAGCUCUCGAUUUACUGGUUAGUCUCCAGUCCUACCCCAAAGAACAAGGUUGGGAAUACAAAAGAGUUUCCUCAGCAAGAUGUCCGGGAUCUCCCUCAGAGAUAGGGUGAGGAACUCGGUCAAUCGGGUAGAGACUCAGAGAGGAGCCAGCUGAGGGAGCUUGGGCAUCUCCCACAAAUGACUCUUGGAAGCCUCCCUGGGGAGGCGUCUAAGGCAUGUCCAGCCGGGAGGAGGCCUCCGGGCAGACCGAGUACACGCUGGAGGGACUAUGUCUCACAGCUGGCCUGGGAACGCCUCGGUGUCCCCCUGGUAAUACUAGAAGAGGUCGCCAGGGACAGGGAGGCCUGGGCAUAUCUGCUUAAACUGCUGUUCCUGCAACCCGGACUUGGACAAGCGGCGGAAAGUUUAAGUUAAAGUACCAAUGAUAGUCACACACACACUAGGUGUGGUGAAAUUUGUCCUCUGCAUUUGACCCAUCCCCUUGUUCACCCCCUGGGAGGUGAGGGGAGCAGUGAGCAGCAGCGGUGCCGCUCCCGGGGAUCGUUUGUGGUGAUUUAACCCUCAAUUCCAACCCUUGAUGCUGAGUGCCAAGCAGGGAGGUAAUUGCUCCCAUUUUUAUAGUCUUUGGUAUGACUCGGCCGGGGUUUGAACUCACAACCUACCGAUCUCAGGGCGUACACUCUAACCACUAGACCACUAUGUAGGUGGCCUGGUGGUUAGAUGGAUGGAUGGAUAAAAUGCACAAGUCGACAUGUUGUACACUUUUCUUGUUGCAUCAAUCAAAAGGAUGUUUGGGGAUGAUUAUUUUUCAAGAUGAUAAUACAUCUUGUCAUUGAGAAAAAAUUGUAAAAACUUUCCUUGAGGAAAGAAACACAAGGUCAAUGUCAUGGCCUGAAAAUAGUCCGGAUCUCAAUCUAAUUGAAAAUCUGUGGUGGGAAUAGAAGAAAAAGUUCUACGACAAGACUUCAACCUGCAAAGCUGAUCUGAUUACAGCAAUCAGAGUACUGUUUGUUUGUCACAAGUUAAGUCCAUGUCUUAGGGACUGCAAGCUGUUAUAAAAGCCAGAGGUGGUGCAACAAAGUACUAGUUGUGUGUUGCAGUGUUUUUUCCCCCCAUCCAUCUUCUACCGCUUGUCCCUUUCGGGAGCACGGGGAGGCUGGAGCUCGUUUUUCUUUGUUUUUUCCCACCAUUAUUUCAUUUUUUUUUCAUCGGAAUUGAGUGUUACCAUAUUUUUUCCCUCUGCUUGAUCUAAAUAUGAAACUGUUCCUGACUACCACCAUUUAUAUUUAUUUUAGUGUUUCUCAAAGUCAGAAAGUUGCCAUUUGAAAUGACUGUAGUUUUGUGUCAUGUCGGUUAUCUUUUUUUCUGCAAAAUUAAACAA